AUGGCGAUUAACUCGUGGCUCCCCGCAGCGCGCAAGCUGCUGCCUCUCUCCCUCCUCGUGCUCCUCGCCGUCACCAGCGCCAGCGCAGCGCGGCCCGGAAAUACGUUCGGCUCUGGCUCGGCUUUGGGAUCUCCGCACAGGGUCGAGCGGAAGCUGUUCAGCUGGGACGGCGUGACCGUCGAUCAGAUUAUCGCAGGGAGCCUGGGCACAAUCGAGGGUGUGGAUGACGACGGCGAAGUGACGACGAAGGUGGUCGAUAUCUUCAUGAACGCGGGUUACAACGUGAUGGUGAUCAAGAGCUCUCGCGUGGUGGAGGGUGACCCGUCUUAUGCUGAGGUCCGCGUGGCACAUUUCUGGGGUGACUCGGUUUUUGCGGUGUAUUACAAGCAGGGUGCGUUCAACGUAGUGAACACAGGCGAUGGCGGGUUUCAGAAUUGGGCGUUUGGAGGGGCUUGGGAUAGAAAGGAGCAGGAGGAGGAGGAGAGGAGGGAGGAGGAGGAUAUGGCAGUGAGAGUGGAGGCGGCAAUAAGGGAGAGGGUAGACGCGGAGCUGGCGUGUGAGCGGGUGCAGCAGCAGGUGGCAGCGAUGGUGGCGGCAGGCAGGCAGAAGCUGAGGGAGGAGGUGCAGGGGCAGGUGGAGAGAGAGAAGCUUGCGCUGCUGGCCGAUGCGCGAAGGAAAGAGGUGCGUGGGGGAGUGAGGGAUGAGCGAGGAAGUGAGACAGGGAGCGAGGGAGGAAGUGAGGGAGUGAGGGAGAUGGCAUGUGAGCGGGUGCAGCAGCAGGUGGCAGCGAUGGUGGCAGCGGGCAGGCAGAAGCUGAGGGAGGAGGUGCAGGCUCAGUUGGAGAGAGAGAAGCUUGCACUGCUGGCCGAAGCGAGAAGGAAAGAGGUGCAUGGGGUAGAGAGUGAGGGAGUGAGAGCAAAAGCGGAAGGAGCAGGAGGAGUUGGAGCAAAUGUUGGCGGAGAAUCAGAGGAAGGUGGAGGAGGCACAGAGGAGAGCAGCGGAGGAGAGAGCGAGAGAGGAGGGGUUGAGACACAAGGAACGAGAGGCAGUCAAUGCGGUGGGGUGGCGGGUGUAGUGGGUGUGUGGGGGAGUGGGUUUGUUGGAUGCAUGGAGGCACAGAGGAGAGCAUUGGAGACGCGGGUGAGGGAGGAGGGGAUGAGACCCAAGGAGCGAGAGGCAGUCAGUGCUGUGGGGUGGCGGGUGUAG